AUGGAGAUAAAGGAACAAUGCUGGAGCAGCUUCAAGGAUAGAAUGAGUUCGAUAGGAAAUCAUAAAGGAAUAAAGUUCUUUAGAGAAAUCGGUCCCGACUUACACAGGAAAAACUAUAAAUCAUGGUUUCACAAGUGGAGACACAAUCUAGAUAGAGAAACGAUAAGAGUAAUAUCAAGGAUUCGGGCGAACCACUAUAAUCUAAGAGAAUCACUAGCCAGAAAGAACUUUAUAAGCUGUGGCAAGUGCGAUUGCGACCAAGCGGACGAAGACAUCUACCAUGUAAUAUUUGAUUGCGGCUUGUACAAUCAAGAGAGAAGCUUAAUAUGGGAAAAAAUGGAAAAGGAAAUAGAAUUAGUAGCAAAAUCGGUGAUAGAGUUAAUAAAACUCAAUAACCGCGCACCUGGCCUGGGCGACCAGGUUAUCAAUGGCAUGAGGAGGAGCACGGAGAAGCAGAGAAGCGUGGCGAUACCCAUUAAGAACGGUAUGGAGCAUCUGGCGGAGUGCGUCGACGCACAGCUAUCGACGUCAAGUUAUGCGGGCCAGCCACGCUAUUCUCACGCAGCUUCUCCGUACAUCAGAGCCAGCCGAAGUGCCGGUCAGCGCACGCAAGAGGCCGCGACCACUCGUGACCUCCUCACCCGAGGAGGACGUAGGAGGAAGAAGAAGAAGGGGAAAGGGACCGAGGGCAAGGAGCCCUCGAGGAGUACCCCAAAAGGUGUCCCUACAAGCACUCCGAAGGCUACUCUUAAGAGCGCCCCUAAGGCUGCCCUGGGGGCUGGGGAUAAGUCCACCCCGAAAAAGCCCGGGUCAACGCCAGGCAAGGUGGGCACAGACAAGCCCGGAGCACCUCCGCCGAAGCCUGCCAAAAACAAAAAGCGGAGGACGAGAAAACGGCGGCGCAGGCUGAAGCGUAGCGCCGUCGUCAUGCAGCCGGCCGCCGGGAAGUCCUACGCGGACGUCCUAGGGAAAAUCCGGCGGCAGGUGCGACCGGAGGAGACGGAGACGGAACUCCGUCAAAUCCGAAAGACCCAGAGGGGCGGUGUCCUUGUGGAACUGGCGCGCUGUAAAGAUCAGCGCGCCCUUCAGGAGGCCAUCAAGGCCGCCGUGGGGGAAGAUGCGGAGGUCCGGGCUCUGGUGCCGCGCAUGCGCGUCGAAAUUUGCGACCUCGAUUGCUGCACGACCGGCGAGGAGGUACGAGCUCCUGUUGCGCAAACUUUGGGCGACCAGCUCAAGGGGGAGCUGAAGGUCGCAAUCGAGGAGGCGGUGUCUAUCCGGCUGAUCGCGAGAAAUCGCAUCAAGAUCGGCUGGAUAAACUGCCGAGUCAGGCGCUGUGUCGAAGUCACGAAGUGCUUCAAAUGCCUAGGAUAUGGGCACACGAAGCGCGACUGCAAGGGCCCAGAUCGGAGUAACGCCUGCUGGAGGUGCGGCAAGGACAGACACAAGUCCAACGACUGCACCUCCCCUCCUCGUUGCAUGCUCUGCGCCGACCUGGGCGUGCAGCAGCUCGACCACGCACCAAGGUCCGGGGCCUGUAAGGCCUUCCGAGACGUCCUGGUGCCCGGAAACGAGCGGCGCAAUGGCGACGGUGAUCCAAGGAAACCUGAACCGCAGCCAGGUCGCCGACAGCCUCCUCACUCAGCUGUUCUUGGUCGCUGGGCGCUGACGUGGUGGUGGUGUGCGAGCAGUACCGAAACCGGGACUGCUCGUCGUGGAAAGCUCGACGACCUGGAAGACGCGCUCCGCGAUAUGGACGGCGGGCUCGUUGUAACAAGCGAUUUUAACGCCAGGGCUCCAGAGUGGGGGAUCCCAACCCCCAAUGCCAGAGGCAAACUGGUAAUGGAGAUGGCAUCCAGGCUGGGGUUGAUUGUGCUGAACACUGGUACCACGCCGACCUAUCGGCGACCCGGUUUCGGCGUUUCCAUCCCGGACGUCACUCUGGUUUCGGAGUGUCUGGGUCGCCGAACCACGGGCUGGAGGGUGUUGGAAGAUUUUACUGGCAGUGACCACCAGUACAUCACCUUCCGGAUAUCGUCCGAUGGGUCGGCGCAGCACGGCAGAUCCCGGCGCCCACUCGGCUGGAACACGGCCAAGCGGGACGAGGGAAAGUUCUCGGAGUGUAUGAGCCGCGGCCUCAGGGGCAUACCACCUGCCCCCCGCGAGCAUCCCGGAAGGGAUGUCGCUGAGGCCAUGACCGUGGAAAGGCCGAGCCCAGGCGUACUGGUGGAUGGACCUGGCACCAGCCAGGUCUGGACUGGUACCAGCCUCAGACGGGAGUGUCUGAAGCUACGUAGACUGGCGCAACGAGCCCCCCGUAGAACGGAGGCCUCCGACAGGUCAGCCGAGUACAGGGCGGCGAAAAAGACGCUCAACCGGGCUAUCAAGGAUUCCAAAGCCCGCUGCUGGCGGGAGCUGUGCGACGAAGCGAACCGUGAUCCCUGGGGACAGGCGUACAAGCUUAUCACCCGCAGGAUCCGGUCACCCGUCGCACAGGGCACGUUGGACGCAGCUACCACCGAGCGCGUGGUGGACGGGCUAUUCCUCAACAACCCGGCAAGGGACUUUUAUUCGGAGCCGGGUGACAGAGACGUCGUCCCCACGUUUAUUCUGGAGGAGCUGCAGUCGGUGGUGGGCUCCUUGAAACCGAGGAAAGCCCCGGGCCCGGAUGGCAUUCCAGCGGAGGCCCUGAAGAUGGUGGCGCGACUCCACCCAGACCUUCUGCUGAAGAUGUAUAACACCUGCCUCCGGGGGGGUGUCUUCCCGUCGCCUUGGAAGGAUGCGCGGCUUGUACUGAUCAGCAAGGGGAAGGGUGCCUCUGAUUCUCCGUCAUCUUACCAACCAGUGUGUAUGCUAAACACAGCCGGUAAGGUGAUGGAGAAAAUGCUGAAGACCCGCCUGCUUCGGGCAGUGCAGGCCGCCGGCGACCUGUCGGACCGACAGCACGGAUUUCGGAGAGGACACUCCACCAUCAGUGCCAUCUCCGACGUGGUCGAGGCUGUCGGAAGAGCCUACGAAGCAAGCCACCGUACCCGCCCGCUGGUCCUCCUCGUCACGUUGGACGGGCGCAACGCUUUCAACUCGGCGAGGUGGAUAGAUAUGCUGAGGGCGCUCGAGUGA